AAUAAAAUUAGAAAAGAUGUCUCUCAGGAGGGACAGAGACAGAGAGAGAGAGAACGGAGAAGAGAGAGAAGAAACGACCCUCAUCAUCCACCGCCAGGGUAGGGGAGUUGGGCUUUAUACGAUGGCGGCGGACAGUAGCUCGGUUGAUGUGAUUCUCGAUUUUCUGCGGAGAAAUCGGUUUACUAGAGCGGAGGCCGCAUUGCGGAGCGAGCUCGGUAACCGCCCUGAUUUGAAUGGCUUUCUUCAGAAGCUAACCCUAGAGGAAAAGGCUGAUUCGGGUAAUGUGGCGGGGGUGGAGGCUGCGAAUGGGGAUGGUUCUCAAGCACAGGGGUCGGGUUCGAAGGAGCUUGUAAUCGUUAAAGAGAUAGAGUGUGGGGAGAGGAAUAAACCACCUAGUGGGGAUGCCACUAACAUGAGAAGUGACAAGAACUUCGCGUUUUCUAAGGGUUCGGAGGACACUGUGCUAGACUUGUAUACUUGGAAAUUCAAUGCGGAUCCAUACCGGAACGAAGGUGGCAGUAGUGGUGUUAGUACCAAAAACAAUAGCAACAGCAACAGCAACAGCGUUUUGGAGCUGCAGGUAUAUGAACAAUCUAGGUAUCGAAUUGGUGAGCUUUCUGAUGCCGUUGCUAGUAAAGCCGACGCGAAAUCCGGAGAAGAAGAGAUUGGUUUUUCUGGUGAGAAGAGAGGUUCUUGGGUUGGAAGUUCUAGUGAAGUAACCACGGAGACAAACAAGUAUGACCGAAAGGAACUUGAUCAGAAACUUAAAAGUAGUAAUAGUAUCUUGUACUCUAAAGGCAACUUUGCUGAUAAUCCAUGGUCAGAGCCCAUGCAUUCAUCUUCAGACCAGUGGAAAAAUUGUUCUAUCAAGACUGUUUUCCCAUUCUCCAAAGGGGAUGUGUCAACCAGUUAUGAUAAUGCUGCUGGUUCUGAGAAGAAGGAUGGAAAGAGGAAAGCUGAGAUGGGAGGUAUUCGGGCAGCAAUCAAAGAGCAGGUAGAUGAGGUUGGGCGAGCUUUGUACUUUGGCAAGUCUCAAGGGAGUUCAGAGCUGAAGACCAUCAGCAGUCUAAACUUUCCACUUGUAUUAGAGUGUCAGAAGGAAGAAUUACCUCGGUUGCCUCCUGUUAAACUUAAAUCGGAGGAGAAACCAUUGAAUAUUAGCUGGGAGGAGAAGUUUGAGCAUGAGGGACCUGGUUCUAAGAUUGCUGGUGUAGAUAAUGCGUUUCUUAUAGGGUCAUAUCUGGAUGUUCCCAUUGGACAAGAAAUCAACUCUUCAGGUGGAAAACGAACAGCCGGGGGCAGUUGGCUAUCUGUAAGUCAAGGCAUUGCAGAGGAUACCUCUGAUCUGGUUUCUGGUUUUGCUACUGUUGGUGACGGAUUAAGUGAAUCUAUUGACUAUCCAAAUGAGUAUUGGGAUUCUGAUGAAUAUGAUGAUGAUGAUGAUGUUGGAUACAUGAGACAACCUAUUGAAGAUGAAACCUGGUUUCUGGCUCAUGAAAUUGAUUACCCAAGUGACAAUGAAAAAGGAACAGGGCAUGGGAGUGUCCCAGACCCACAGGAAAGAGGUCCGACCAAAGAUGAAGACGAUGAUCAAUCUUUUGCAGAGGAGGAUUCUUAUUUCUCCGGUGAGCAGUAUUUUCCAGCAAAACAUGUUGCACCGGUUUCAGCUUCAGAUGAUCCCAUAGGGCUGUCAGUGACUGAAAUGUAUGGGAGGACUGAAGAAAAUGAUUUAAUAGCUCAAUAUGAUGGACAAUUAAUGGAUGAAGAGGAACUGAAUUUGAUGCGUGCAGAACCUGUAUGGCAGGGAUUUGUCACUCAGACAAAUGAACUUAUCAUGUUAAGGGAUGGGAAGGUUAUGAAUGAUUGUGGGAGGCCAAGGCUGGAUGAUAAUUGUAUGGAUGAUGAUCAGCAUGGUUCGGUUAGAUCAAUUGGUGUAGGGAUCAACAGUGAUGCUGCUGAUAUUGGCAGUGAAGUACGGGAAAGUUUGGUUGGAGGCAGUAGUGAAGGGGAUUUGGAGUAUUUUCAUGAUCAGGAUAUUGGAUCAAGACAUUCUCAUCAGGAAUCUGAUAAGAAAUAUAAUGAUAGAUCAAAGAGGGUUAGAAAGAGAACAAGCGCCCAUGAUUCUGAUAAAUAUGUAAUGGGAAAUGAUAAGGGUGUGUGUACCCAGGUGAAAAAUCACCCAGACGGAGGAUUUUCAUCCCCUCCUUUGAGAGAUGGGCAGUUGGUACAGGCAAGCUCUAGUAAAUCUUUAUGGUCAAAUAAUUGCAAUGCUCCUACCAGUGAUGAAACUGAUGAUUGUUUGAAUGCUUUGAUGAGGAAUGCUGACAUGCUUGCUUCAUGGAGGCGGAAAAGCAAUGAUUCUUCACCUGUCAAGAGUUCUAAAGAUGAAAAUAAUGCUAAUGCUGUUAGAUCAGAGAACUCUUCUCCCUCAACUCUUUCUAAUUAUGGUUACAAUGAAAGAGGACAUGUGAAGAAAGAAGAGGAUGAAAAAACUGGUGGUGCAAGAGAAGAGGAUCCAGGAGUGUCAUUGGAAGAUGAAGAAGCAGCUGCUGUGCAAGAGCAAGUGAGGCAGAUAAAAGCUCAGGAGGAGGAAUUUGAGACCUUCAAUCUCAAAAUCGUGCAUAGGAAAAACAGAACUGGGUUUGAGGAGGACAAAAACUUCCAUGUUGUUUUAAAUUCAGUCAUAGCUGGGCGCUAUCAUGUUACCGAGUAUCUUGGGUCAGCUGCAUUCAGCAAGGCUAUUCAAGCGCACGACCUACAUACAGGCAUGGAUGUUUGUGUGAAAAUUAUAAAGAACAACAAGGAUUUUUUUGAUCAGAGCCUUGAUGAGAUAAAGCUUCUCAAGUUUGUUAACAAGAAUGAUCCUGCUGACAAGUAUCACAUUCUCCGUUUGUAUGACUACUUUUAUUAUCGAGAACAUUUAUUAAUUGUAUGCGAACUUCUCAAGGCAAACUUGUAUGAGUUUCAUAAAUUUAAUAGAGAAUCCGGAGGGGAGGUUUACUUCACAAUGCCAAGAUUGCAGUCCAUUACCAUUCAGUGUUUGGAGGCACUUCAGUUCUUGCAUGGCCUAGGCCUUAUACAUUGUGAUCUGAAGCCUGAGAAUAUUUUGGUGAAGAGCUAUAGCAGAUGUGAGGUGAAGGUCAUUGACCUUGGAAGUAGUUGUUUUGAAACAGAUCAUCUCUGCUCAUAUGUUCAAUCUAGGUCUUAUCGAGCACCAGAGGUCAUUUUGGGGCUUCCAUAUGACAAAAAGAUAGAUAUCUGGUCACUUGGUUGUAUCUUGGCUGAACUUUGCACUGGCAAUGUCCUCUUCCAAAAUGAUUCACCAGCGACGUUACUUGCACGGGUGAUUGGAAUAAUAGGUUCAAUUGACCAAGGCAUGCUUGCUAAAGGACGUGAUACAUAUAAAUAUUUCACCAAAAAUCACAUGCUCUAUGAACGGAAUCAGGACACCAACAGACUGGAAUACCUCAUCCCAAAAAAGACAUCCUUGAGGCACCGGUUGCCAAUGGGGGACCAAGGCUUCAUCGACUUUGUUGCUCAUAUGCUUGAAAUUAACCCAAAAAAGCGCCCUUCUGCUUCUGAGGCUUUGAAGCACCCAUGGUUAUCAUACCCAUACGAGCCUAUAUCAUCUUGAACAACCUGAAGAUUUCUUGGUGGAGAAGACCACAUGCUGCAGGUGCCCUCGUAUGCUUGGAUUUGGGUGUCUUGGUGAGAGGGAAAGAACCCUGGUUGAUUCCUGAUUGAAAUGGGUCGUAUCUAGGGACAGUGAUCUUCAAUGGCGGGUUCACCCCUUAACAUGCCUGCACAAUGCAUUGGAAGGUGUGUUGGUUUUGUUGGUGAAAUCUAUCUUUUCUCCCCCCUUCUUGAGUUGUACUUCAAUUAUAAUCAAGGAUGUAAUUUUGGGUAUUGGUAGGGUUUUCUUUCUUUGCUCUUGUUUUAUCUGGUGGAGGGGGGAACCUUAAUGUCUUUGUUGUAUAUGAUGUGUGAUAAUUCUUUUAGGUUAUGUAGUAAUAGCUUGUGAAAAAGUUGCAUUUCCAAUUUUGUUUUGCUUCUGACACCAGGGUUUGCUCCUUUAUCAAGUUUGGAACAAGCCCAAACCCAGUGAGAAAGUUUCAGUUGUUUUCAUUGC